AUGGCCAACGAGCGGACGUUCCUCGCGUGGCUCAGAACAGGAGCUAUUUUCGUCACCCUUGCAAUCACCUUUUCCCAAUUUAUCUUCAUCACCAGAGCCGCCGACUCAGUUACUGCCAACGGCGAACAGUAUGAUCUUGAUGAAAGCUUCAAGGCGCAAGUGGCACAAUUGAAUCGGUUCGGAGUGGUGAUAGAGAUCAUGUGCAUGUGUUUGGGGCUAUUCUCCCUUUUGGCAGGAGCCUUCCGGUUCUUUCACAUCCAGACGCUUUUAAUCCAAAAUAGGUUUCCUACGACCCGGCUUGUAAUUCUAUGCAUGGUGGCGACCGCUGCCGUCAUGAUAUCAUUGUUAAUUGUUUUGGAUGUCAAACUUUAUAGGUGA